GUGUAUUCGGCCGACUUGAUCUUGCUGCGUCCCCAAUCUGCAUCUUUUUAUGCUUUUACUCUCCUUGUUUCUUUCCUGGUUUGAUCCUUGGCUUCCACCUCCCAAUUCCGAUCUUUUGUUCCAGACAAGAAGAUAUAGAAAGAGCUUCUUAUUCAGACUCUCUUUUUCAUCUUUGCUCCCCUCCUUCGCACUCAUCAGAAGAAACAGGAAUACGCUUCUCAGAUUCUGGCACUACGAUUGUAUACCUUUCACCGCUCUCUUUACUCUCCACCUCACAUCCUGCACCUGCUUGCGUCUAGAUCCCUAUCAUAUCCUUCAGUCUAACGAUCUUGAGAGACCCUACGAUCGUCAAUUUGUGCAUCUUUCGAUUGUCGUAUCUGAUUUCGUCUGUAAAGUAUGUGCCCGGCACAAAUCAAUUCUCCUCGAUCAUUUGCGGAGUGUUGCGUCCAGCUAUUCAGUCGGCAUGUGCGACAUGGUUCACAUGCGUUAUUGCUUUCACGUCUGCCCAUACAUCUUGCGUGGUCUUUCUACCCACCAUCUGAAACUACAGCGCUUCUUAUGCUCCACUCCGUCAAGGAUGGACGAAGCAGUGAAGCUCAUUCCUGCCUUGGCUCAGCAAAUGCCAAUGAUUAUAAUGAAUGUGAUGAAUACGUCGAUAAGUUCUGGUUAAAAAAAGACUUCAAGCUCGCUCCAUUCUUC